AUGUCUUCGACUCUCACUAUGCUGAAGAAAAUGACGGAAAUCCUAAAUUUCCCUCCCGGCAUAAAUCCAUACCGAUAUGCGGCAAAACUCCUCGAGUCGUCCACGAUAGCUGGUCGUGUUUAUCUCUACGCCUGCCUCUGUUCGCCACUUGGUCAAAUCCCUCGACCACUCAGACCGCUCGUCACUCGACCGCAAGUAGUCAACCUAAUAGGCAUACUAUUUCCCGUGGCAGUUUCCGUUGGCACGAUCGCUUGGGUUUUCUUCCUGAUCUUUGCUUAUCAUCAUGAGUCUCUAACCUUCACCCAGCUGAGUGCGUCGAUUAUGGUGGCGGGUGAUGAAUUUGAAGCAGGCAAGACUGUUGAUUUGAAGGAUCUUAUCAAAGUGGGCUUGAAGUUCCACAACGUCAAUAGCGAGCUGAUGAGUAGAAUUCGAUGGAACUCGUUCUUCUGGGCAAUCAUCGGAUUCAUCACUCUCUUGCUCUUUGUCCUCUCGGGCUGGUCCCUUAUCGCGCUCCUCCGACAUGGCGCGACAAAACUCGAAGCACUGAAGCCCAAUAACGCACAUCUCAAACUGAGCGAUGUUACACAAUUCCUUAGCUCACAUCCAAAACAAAUUGCUCGAGAUCUCAAGCGUGGAUAUGCAUAUGUUGUCUGUCAUUUUGUGAUUAUGAUGGCCUCGAUGUCAUAUAAGAUUGUGAUCUGUGUGAUUAUCGGAGUUCAUGCGGACUUGAUGGUUAUGGACGCCAGAUGGAGAUCGUUGGGAUCUUGGUUGUAUCUGUUGUGUGGAGUCAUAGUGGCACCUGCAAUGCUCUUACAAACUUGGCGAAUCUUCACGGACCUAGAUAUCAUCAUUCCCGAGAGUCAAGUAGGAGAGACCCAUCCAGCGGAAACAAAUUGUGACACAAAUAUAGAAACAGAUAACUACUCCUUAGAGGAUUUUUCGCUUUGCGACGUCAAGGCAACUUGUGAGGUUCCCGAGGUCCAGAUUGUUCAGGCUAGAGUCGCAACUCGCCCAGCAAGAGCACAGGUGAUAGUCAUUCGACGUGCAUUUUGA